UUCACACUCAGCAGUGAUCAUGUAGCCCGCACUAAAGACUGUAAUCAUAGUAAACAACACUCGUCAGUAUUGAUGUCUUUAUCUUUCGGUUUCAAGACUAGAGACUGUUUAUAUCCUUAUGCAUUAACUCAUCUUAAAUCAUUUAGAGUCUGAUUUGUAUAUAUUUAACUGUCCUUGAUUUUUAAUUGAAUUUUAUGUCUACUUCAACUGCUGGACAAGAAGAAAUGGAUAGAAAGUCUCGUGUAGCCGGAGGUCGAAAUGUUUUGUGCUUGUUUGAUGUGGACGGAACGCUGACACCCCCGAGAGAGAAGAUCGACCCUGAGCUGGAUGAUUUCUUCCAGGCCUUGAGAAAGAAGGUGAAGAUCGGCGUGGUGGGCGGCUCAGAUUAUUCCAAAAUCGCAGAACAGCUCGGAGAAGGAGAUGAAGUCAUACACAAGUUCGACUACGUCUUUGCAGAAAAUGGAACCGUACAAUAUAAAGACGGCAAACUCAUCUCUAAACAGGCCAUCCAGAAUCAUCUGGGUGAGGAGUUACUGCAGGAUCUCAUCAACUUCUGUCUCAGCUACAUGGGGCUCAUCAAACUACCCAAGAAACGAGGGACAUUCAUUGAGUUUCGUAACGGCAUGAUCAACAUCUCACCCAUCGGACGCAGCUGCACGCUAGAAGAGCGGAUCGAGUUCUCUGAAAUUGACAAGAGAGAGAAGAUACGAGAGAAGUUUGUGGCAGCUCUGCAGAAGGAGUUUGCUGGAAAAGGCCUGCGGUUUACCAGAGGGGGUUUGAUCAGUUUCGACAUCUUCCCAGAGGGCUGGGACAAACGCCUCUGUCUGGAAGUCCUGGAGCAGGAAGGACUGGACGCCAUCUACUUUUUCGGCAAUGAAACUUCAUUGGGUGGAAAUGACUACGAGAUCUUCGAAGACCCUCGUACCAUCGGCUUCACCGUCUGCUCCCCUGAAGACACGGCGCGGCUCUGCAGAGAGAUGUUCUUUAACGCUCCACCCAACGAGGCGUGAAGGCGUCUGUGUGCACCUGCACGUACACAGACCGCCUGUGUGCAGCACUACUGCGCCCGCUGCUGGACACUGUGGGUAACGCAGUCUGACAACCAUCAGACAUCGAGACAGAGCUAAACCACUGCUGAUCCACAGACUACAGGGACUGUAUGUACAUAUCACUGACACCGCCUCAUCAAUGUGUUCAUAGUUUUAUAAACAUUUUAAUGAUUUCAAAUCUAAAGAUUUACCCUCUUUUUAUAAUAAAAGCUGUUUUCCUGUGGCCACGUUCACACUGCAACGUUUCUGGAGUGACAACUGAAUAUAAAAUAAUGACUGAUUCACAGGACUCACUCCAGAAAUGUUGAUGGUUGACACAGUGCAGGGUUUGACGGCUCAAAGCUGUGAACUUAAAACAUGGAAGCCAGCCAUAUUUAACUCGACUUUUUUAACCAAAGUAACAUUAGCAAUCAGUUUUUAGUAAGUGUUGUGUGUUUGUUUACCUAGUGUGCUCCUUCACAUAACGGUGCUAAUUUACAUCUUUCAAA